GAGGGGAGGGGUGAUGGAGCUAAGAUGGCAGCCCAACUGAGGGUGCUGCCUCUCCGGGGUCAAGAAAACACUCAAGGAACUCAUCGGAUCCGAUCACGACGAGGCGCUUUGGGGAAAUAAACAUUUUUUUUUUUUGCAAAGGAAAAUGUUGUGGCUUGCGAAGAUCCGGAGACGAGGACCGCGUUGACGCCGUUGGCUGCGAUCGGAAGACCGAACGCGGUAGUUGUGCCUCCAGAUCGGCUUCACUUUGCUCUUAUAACCGUGGACCGCGAGCGGUGAUCGUUGUAUUUCCACAACUCGGAACGGACAGACGAUGUGACGCGUGGGGGAUUUAAUGACGUUUGGAUCUCAUCGGUCGGCUGGAUAUCAUCUAACUGCGGUGUCUUUUGUGUGAUAUAUGCAUUGUUCCCACAAACGAUGAUGUGUGCUGCUGCGGCAGCGGCCGCCGGUGGGGGGCUUCUGCCUUCCUCCUCGCCGUCGAUGGGGUUGGGUGUCAGGGUCAUUUCUGGAGCAGGAGCCGAGUUCUCCACCAUCGGUUCGGGAAUGGGUUCAUGCCCGACAACCGGAGCCCAGUCGGAUUGUCGGACUCGGUACCAGCUUUUACUCUCAGGACGAGCCCUGGCCGAAAGGUACAGGCGGAUCUACACAACCGCCAUCAACGAUAAAGAGCAAGGGGCAACUCCGGGAAGGGGAAAGAAGGCUUUGAGUAAGAAGAAACUGAAAAGGCGACAGAAGGUCAAGUCAAAAGUCAAAUCAAGAACAAAGGUUGACAGUCUCGAUGGAGCCCUCUGCGUGCCGGACAUCAAGCUGCACAGCAACCCAUCCGCUUUCAAUGUGUACUGCAACGUGCGGCACUGUGUGCUGGACUGGCAGCAGAGAGAGGCCUCCCUCGUGCUGGCCUCCCGGAGCUCCGUGCAGAGCGGCGACUCCGACAGCGAGGAGGAGGAAGAGUACCGCGAGCCCGCCGUCAAGCUGCCAAAGAUCAUCGGCAUCGGCCUGUGUGGGGUGUUUGAGCUGAUAAAAGAGACUCGCUUCUCUCACCCCUCGCUGUGCCUGCGGAGCCUGCAGGCUUUGCUGGACAUGCUGCAGGGACAGCAGCCUGAGGGCUUUCAGACGGAGCCUCCCGAUGUGCUGGACUCCCUCUUCCAGCUGUUGUUGGAGACCACGGUCCGCAGCACGGGGCCCAACGACCCGACGGGACAGGCCAUCACCGCCCUGUCCUGCGCCUGCCUCUUCAGUCUGGUGGUGGCCUGGGGAGACACCGGCAAAAUCCUGCAGGCCGUCUCUGCCAUCCUCACCAACAACGGCAGCCACGCCUGCCAGACGAUACAGGUGCCCACCAUACUCAACGCCCUGCAGAGGAGCGUCCAGGCAGUGCUGGUGGGGAAGAUUCAGAUCCAGGACUGGUUUGGGAACGGCAUCAAGCGCGCCGCCCUCAUGAACAAGUGGACCCUGAAGGAGGUGGCCAUCGACGAGGACGAGCGCUGCCUUCUGCAGACCGACGGCUCCUUCCUCUACUUGCUCUGCAAGGACGGGCUCUACAAAGUGGGCUCUGGGUACAGUGGCACCGUCAGGGGCCACGUGUACAACUCCACGUCUCGUACCAGGAACCGAAAGGAGAAGAGGUCGUGGCUGGGCUUUGCUCAGGGGUACCUGUUGUAUCGGGACUCAAGCAACCACACCAUGUCGGCCAUCAAGAUCAACCCUGAGACUCUGGAGCACGAGGGCACCGUCACCAUGCCAGGUCAACAUUCAGACGGACAGAACAUCAUCUUUACAGACGGAGAGUACAUCAACCAGAUUGCAGCCUGCAAAGACGACGGUUUCGUGGUGCGGAUCUAUACCAUGAGCUCCGACCCGGCUCUGCAGCAGGAACUGCAGCUGAAGCUAGCGAGGAAAUGUCUGCACGCAUGCGGCAUCUCUCUGUUCGACCUGGAGAAGGAUCUACACAUCAUCAGCACCGGCUUCGAUGAAGAGGCAGCGCUGCUUGGAGCUGGCAGAGAGUUUGCUUUGAUGAAAACCGCCUCAGGAAAGAUCUACUACACGGGGAAGUACCAGAGCCUGGGUAUAAAGCAGGGCGGCCCUUCAGCGGGCAAGUGGGUGGAACUGCCCGUCACAAAGUCUCCCAAAAUCGUCCAGUUCUCGGUCGGCCACGACGGCUCUCACGCACUGCUGGUGGCCGAAGACGGAAGCGUGUUCUUCACAGGCUCCGCCAGCAAGGGGGAGGACGGAGAGUCCACUAAAAGUCGCAGACAGCCCAAGCCGUACAAGCCCAAGAAGAUGAUCAAAUUGGAGACCAAGACGGCCGUGUACACGGCAUGUAACAACGGCAGCAGCAGCAUCGUCACCAAGGACGGAGAGCUCUACAUGUUUGGCAAAGAUGCCAUUUACAGUGACAGCACUUGCCAAGUGACGGACCUGAAGGGCCACUCGGUGACUCAGGUUGCCAUGGGGAAGGCCCACACGUGUGUUCUGACCAAGAGUGGUGAGGUGUGGACAUUUGGCGUGAACAACAAGGGCCAGUGUGGCAGAGAGACUGGAUCCAUGACGCAGGCAGGGAAAGCGUUCGGUGUGGAGAGCAUGGCUACGGCCAUGGAUGAGGAUCUGGAGGACGAGCUGGAGGAGAAGGAAGAGAAGAGCAUGAUGUGCCAGCCGGGCAUGCACAAGUGGAAGCUGGACCAGUGCAUGGUGUGCACCGUGUGCGGAGACUGCACCGGCUACGGUGCCAGCUGUGUCAGCAGCGGACGGCCGGACCGAGUGCCAGGAGGGAUCUGUGGAUGUGGGUCUGGAGAGUCCGGCUGCUCGGCCUGCGGCUGUUGCAAGGCCUGUGCCAGGGAGCUGGACGGUCAGGAGGCCAGACAGAGAGGCAUCUUUGAUGCAGUGAAGGAGAUGAUUCCUCUGGACCUGCUGCUAGCUGUGCCUGUCCCUCCCCCUCCAGGAGUGAACAUCGAGGAGCACAUUCAGAUCCGUCAGGAGGAGAAGCGACAGAGGAUCAACCGCCGGCACCGGCUGGAGGAGGGCAGAGGCCCCCUUGUUUAUCCCGGUCCCAUUUUUAUGAACCAGCGUGAGCAGGCGCUAGCCAGAAUAAGACCCCUUCAAGCACUAAGGCAUAAGCGGGACAAGCACAAAGAUGGUAGCAGUGAGCGCGGGGAGAAGGAUGCCAGCAAAAUCACCACCUACCCCCCCGGGGCCGUGAGAUUCGACUGCGAGAUGCGAGCUGUGCAGGUCAGCUGCGGUUUUCACCACUCUGUGGUGCUGAUGGAGAACGGAGACGUCUACACGUUUGGUUACGGCCAACACGGGCAGCUCGGCCAUGGAGACGUGAACUCCAGGGGUUCUCCGACUCUGGUGCAGGCCCUCCCAGGUCCCAGUGUCCAGGUGACAGCAGGCAGCAACCACACAGCUGUUCUCCUCAUGGACGGACAGGUCUUCACAUUCGGCAGCUUCUCGAAAGGACAGCUGGGCCGGCCUAUCCUGGACAUGCCCUACUGGAAUGCCAAGCCGUCCCCCAUGCCCAACAUUGGGGCCAAAUAUGGGCGGAAGGCCACCUGGAUUGGUGCUAGCGGGGACCAGACGUUCCUGCGGAUCGAUGAGGCUCUUAUCAACUCCCAUGUCCUCGCCACUUCAGAGAUCUUUGCCAGCAAACACAUCAUCGGCCUUGUGCCCUCCUCUGCAUCUGAGCCGCCUCCUUUUAAAUGCUUGCUGAUCAACAAAAUGGACGGAAGCUGCAGGACCUUCAACGACUCUGAGCAGGAAGACCUGCAGGGAUUUGGCCUGUGUCUGGACCCUGUGUAUGAUGUCGUAUGGAGGUUCCUGCCUGCUGCCAAAGAGAUGCUGUGCUACAAUGCCGUGAUAGCUGACGCCCGGAUGCCCUCUGCCACAGACCUGCAGGCUCGCUGCAGCAUCCUCAGUCCGGAGCUCGCUUUGCCGUCAGGAUCACACGCCACCACCACUCGGUCUCAUGGAGCGCUGCACAUCCUCGGUUGCCUGGAUACGCUGGCAGCCAUGCAAGAGCUGAAGAUGGGCGUGGCCAGCGCAGAGGAGGAAACCCAGGCCGUGAUGAAGGUCUACUCCAAGGAGGACUACAGUGUGGUGAACCGCUUUGAGAGUCACGGUGGCGGCUGGGGCUACUCAGCCCACUCCGUGGAGGCCAUUCGGUUCUGUGCUGAUGCAGACAUCCUGCUGGGUGGACUGGGUCUGUUCGGGGGACGAGGGGAGUACACUGCCAAGAUCAAGCUGUUUGAGCUGGGACCUGACGGCGGUGACCACGAGACAGACGGCGAUCUGCUGGCUGAGACCGAUGUUCUGGCGUACGACUGUGCUGCCAGGGAGAAGUACGCCAUGAUGUUUGACGAGCCGGUGCUGCUGCAGCUGGGCUGGUGGUACGUGGCGUGGGCCCGGGUCUCUGGACCCAGCAGUGACUGUGGCUCCCACGGGCAGGCCACCAUCACCACCGAUGAUGGUGUGGUCUUUCAGUUCAAAAGCUCAAAGAAGUCAAACAACGGUACUGAUGUUAACGCAGGUCAAAUACCUCAGCUACUGUACAGGCUUCCUUCAAAUGAUGGCAAUGCUUCUAAAGGGAAGCAGCAGACCAGUGAGCCCGUCCAUAUCCUCAAACGCUCAUUCGCUCGCACAGUCUCAGUGGAGUGUUUUGAGUCGCUGCUGAGUGUCCUCCACUGGAGCUGGACCACCUUGGUUCUGGGUGUGGAGGAGCUGCGGGGGCUGAAGGGCUUCCAGUACACGGCCACCCUGCUGGACCUCGAGAGGCUGCGCUUUGUAGGCACGUGCUGCCUCCGCCUGCUCAGGGUCUACAUCUGUGAGAUCUUCCCCAUCGCCGGUAGGAGCACAGAGAACCCGGCGGGACUUUAUCUCCGGCAGCAUAAUGCCAGCACCAAAGCCGUGGUGGAGGAGUCCAGCAGGCUGGCAGAGUGCGUGGGAAAGACGCGCAGCCUGCUGAAGAAGAUCCUCUCAGAAGGCAUGGACAACUGCCUGACCAAGCUGGACAACGACCCCCAGGGCUACCUGUCUCAACCUUUGACCCUGCUGGAAGCCGUGCUGCAGGAGUGCCACAACACCUUCACCGCCUGCUUCCACUCGUUCUACCCGACCCCGGCUCUGCAGUGGGCCUGCCUCUGCGACCUGCUCAACUGCCUGGACCAGGACAUUGCUGAGGCCAACUUUCGCACGUCCAGCAGCCGCCUGCUUGCGGCUGUGAUGUCGGCUCUGUGCAACACUUCGGUGAAGCUGACGUCCAUCCUGCCCAUCGCGUACGACGGGGAAGUGCUGCUGCGCUCGCUGGUCAAACAAGUCAGCACAGAGAACGACUCUGCCCUCGCUCACCGCUUCCCCCUGCUGGUGGCCCACAUGGAGAAACUGAGCCAUACGGAGGAGAACCUGAUGGGUAUGGCCAGUUUCCGGGAGGUUCUGGAGAAGAUGCUGGUAAUCGUGGUGCUGCCGGUGAGGAAGAGCUUGAGGAAGGAGGUGGAGCUGUUCUCCCCACACCUGGUCUCCAACACCUGCGGCCUGCUGGCCUCCAUCGUGUCUGAGCUCACUGCCUCGGCCCUGGGCUCCGAGGUUGAUGGACUGAACUCGCUCCACUCCGUCAAAGCAUCGCCGAACCGCUUCACCAAAACGAGCCAAGGCCGCAGUUGGAACACGGGCAAUGGCUCUCCGGAUGCCAUCUGCAUGAACGUGGACAAGCCCGGCGUUGUGCUGGUGGGCGUCUGCGUCUACGGGGGCGGCGGCAUCCAUGAGUUCGAGCUGGAGGUUCUGGCCGACGAUGCACAGACGGAGCACCCAGGGGACUCUGCACAUUCUCACAGGUGGACGUCCCUGGAGCUGGUGAAGGGCACCUACAGCACUGACGAUUCUCCCAGCGAUAUUGCUGAGAUUCGCAUGGACAAGGCUGUGCCGCUCAAGGAGGGCGUAAAGUACGCUGUGCGGUUACGGAACUACGGCAGCCGGACGGCUAACGGGGAUGGCGGCAUGACCACCGUCCAAUGCUCUGACGGUGUCUCCUUCACCUUCAGCACCUGCAGCUUGAGCAGCAACGGCUCCAACCAGACCAGAGGACAGAUCCCACAGAUUCUCUACUACAGGAGUGAGUAUGACGGGGAUCUCCAGUCUCAGCUGCUGAGCAAAGCCAAUGAGGAAGACAAGAACUGUAGCAGAGCUCUCUCUGUGGUCAGUGCUGUGGUCCGAGCUGCGAAGGACCUGCUUCAGAGGGCUUUCGCUGUCGAUGUGGACGACAUUCCCGAGCUGCUGAGUUCCUCCAGCCUGUUCUCCAUGCUCCUGCCCCUCAUCCUGGCCUACAUCGGCCCUGUGGCAGCGUCCGUACCGAAGGCUGCCGUUGAGGUCUUUGGACUCGUUCAGGAGCUUCUACCCGCUGUCUCCGCCCUCAACCAAAAGUACGCCCCUCCCACAUUCAACCCGAACCAGUCAACAGACAGCACCACUGGCAACCAGCCUGAGCAGGGCCUGUCUGCUUGCACCACCUCGAACCACUACUCUGUGAUUGAGAGUGAACACCCUUAUAAACAAGCUGGCGUCACACAAUACAGGGUGUCUUUCCCUGACUGUGUCCGCUGGACCACCAUCGAGUUUGACCAGCAGUGCGGCACCGCGCAGCCAGAGGACGUCCUGCGCCUGCUCAUCCCCAGCCGUACCCUGCACCUGUCCAGCCUGGGGGGCAAACCUUUGAUCCAUGACACCAUCAACACCUGGACGGACCUCAAGAAGUUCUCUGGUUCAACUGGCUGGCCGACCACCGUCCUGGUGCUGCCAGGAAACGAAGUUCUGUUUUCACUGGAGACGGCCUCGGACUACGUCAAAGACGAGAAAGCUUGUUUUUAUGGCUUCAAGUGCGUGGCUGUGGGGUACGAGUUCAACCCCGGGGCCGAUGAGGGGAUCAUCCAGCUGGAGAAGGAGUUGGCCUACCUGGGCAGUGUGUGCGCUGCAGCUCUGAUGAAGAAAGACCUAGCCCUCCCCAUAGGUAAUGAACUGGAGGAGGAUCUUGAGAUCCUUGAGGAAGCUUCUCUUCAGGUCUGUAAGUCCCACUCUGGGAUCCUUGGGAAGGGUCUGGCCUUGUCUCAUUCGCCCACCAUCCUGGAGGCCUUGGAGGGGAAUCUGCCCCUGCACCUCCAAACCAAUGAGCACUCUUUCCUUGAGGAUUUCAUCACCUGUGUGCAGACCUCCAGCGGAGGACGUCUGGCCAGGUGGCUGCAGCCAGACUCCUACGCAGACCCCCAGAAGACCUCUCUGAUCCUGAACAAAGACGACAUACGCUGUGGGUGGCCGACCACGGUGGUCGUACAAACCAAAGACCAGUAUGGAGAUGUGGUGCACGUCCCUCACAUGAAGGUGGAGGUGAAGGCCGUUCCCGUUUCACAAAAGAAGUCGAUGCAACCGGAGAAUGUGAAGAGGCUGCAGCGGCUCCCUGGGAGCUCCUCGCCGUCGUCCUCCGGACCCGACUUAACUUUUGGAGGUUUGCCAAUGCCCAAGCUGGAAGCCACCUACGAGCCCAUGAUCGUGAAAGAGGCUCGAUACAUCGCUAUAACUAUGAUGAAGGCUUAUGAAAACUACUCCUUUGAAGAGCUGCGUUUUGCCUCCCCGACCCCAAAGCGACCCAGUGAGAACAUGCUGAUUCGUGCCAACACCGACGGAACCUACAGUGCCAACUGGACUCCGGGAGCAGUAGGCCUCUACACCAUCCACGUCACCAUCGAUGGCAUUGAAAUAGAUGCUGGUUUGGAGGUAGAAGUCAAAGACCCCCCCAAAGGCAUGAUACCACCCGGUACUCAGAUGGUCAAACCAAAGGCUGAACCUCAGCCGAGCAAGGUCCGCAAAUUUGUGUCCAAGGACAGCGCAGGCCUGCGCGUGCGUAGUCACCCUUCCCUACAGAGUGAACAGAUAGGCAUAGUGCAUGUCAAUGGCACCAUCACUUUCAUUGACGAGAUCCACAAUGACGACGGCGUGUGGCUGAGGCUCAAUGACGAAACCGUAAAGAAGUAUGUUCCCAGCAUGAAUGGGUACACUGAAGCCUGGUGCCUCUCUUUCAACCAGCACCUGGGCAGGAGCCUACUCGUCCCAGCCGACGAGGUCAGGGGCCAAUCGGAAGAGAACGUAAAGGAGGUGAGCAGCUGCCCUUCCCACGAGGCCCCCAUGCGGGCGCAAAGCAGGGCGGGGCAGGGCGGCGGCCCGGGGCUUUAUAAGGUAGUGAAGACCGGCCCCUCUGGUCACAACAUCAGAAGCUGCCCAAACCUUAGGGGCAUCCCCAUUGGAAUGUUAGUUCUUGGCAACAAGGUCAAGGCCAUAGGCGAGGUGGUCAACUCAGAGGGGAACUGGGUUCAGCUGGAUAAGAACAGUGUAGUGGAGUUCUGUGAGAGCGAUGAAGGAGAGGCCUGGUCCUUGGCCAGAGACCGCGGUGGGAAUCAGUACCUUCGCCACGAUGACGAACAAUCUCUUUUAGAGCACGUGACCCAGACUCCCCCCCCGAGCCCUUUCUCCGUGCAAGCCUUCAACAGGGCUGCAGCCGCUAACGGGGCGCAGGGCUUUGACUACGGCAUCUCCAACAACAAAGGUGACCGGUUGAGUGGCAUACUGAAUUCCAUUCAGUCUGGGCCCCUCCUCUCAGCAGCUCCCUCCUCCUCCUCCGUAUUUGAGCAAGCCGCCCAACCUCCCUCCUCUUCUUCCUCCUCCUCCCUUGUCCACAGCCCAUUUGUGUUUGGACAAUCCCCCUCCCAACUGUCUCAGCCACAACCACAGCUUCCGAAUGAUUCAUCUCGCCGCCUUGCUUCUCGCGAGCGUGUGCACAAAAGCAAUGUGUCCGUGGCCGGGCACGGCACUGCUCUCUCAUCUCUCGCUCUGAGGCAGAAGGGUGAGCGAGGGAACCCGAUGCCAGCAGCGCGGCCCAUGUCCCCAGCUUCCAAACACCGGCAGGGGAACCGCUCGCCCAAACAGGAGGGUCGAGGAAGCCGGUCGUCCGAGCAGAGCAGGAGCAAAGCAGGCGAGGGCGGCCUCUCCGCCAGCGAGGCGCUCAUCCUGCGGUCGGACACGGCCAAACUGAGGUCCGACUCGCACAGCCGCUCGCACUCGCCCAAUCACAACACCCUGCAGGCGCUAAAGGCAGACGGCAGAACCCCGGGACUUCGGGCCGAGUCGCCGAACUCCGGCUCGCGCUCCUCCUCUCCCAAACAAAAAGGCUCCUCCUCUUCUGGGAGGUCUAGUCCCUCCAGCGCCUCCUCCCAGCACUCCUCUUCAGCCCACCAUGACAAGAACCUCCCACCCAAAGUCAGCCCUUCCGCCAAAGCACGGCUGGAUCCUCCUAGGGAGAGGUCCAAAUCUGAUUCGUACACUCUGGAUCCAGACACGCUUAGAAAGAAGAAGGUCCCACUGACCGAGCCCAUUAGAGGCAGGUCCACCUCCCCAAAACCGAAAGUGUCUCCUAACGAUCCAAAUAAUGGAGUGAUUGGCUGUGCAGAGAACCGCGUUCCCUCUCCACACGUGACCCAGGAGAACCUCCAUAGUGAAGUGGUGGAGGUGUGCAGCUCCACUGCUCUCCUCUCAGAGGAGGGCAAUGACGAGAAUGCCGACGGUCAGAAUUCUGAAGACGGCUCAUGCAAGGUGCACUUCAGCAUCGGCAAAGCCCCGGUCAAGGAGGAACAGGAGAGCCGCGCUUCGCCCAAAGUCAGCCGCAAAGCGUCCAGUCGACACACGCGCCCCAAGAAGGAAAAAUCUGGGCCGCUGUUCAAAGGUGAGAGCACUUCAAGGGCCACGGAACCCGCCAAACAGGCCAUGUCCCCCUCCGUGGCCGAAUGCUCGCGAGCGGUCUUCGCCGCAUUCCUGUGGCAUGAAGGUAUUGUCCACGACGCCAUGGCCUGCUCCUCCUUCCUCAAGUUUAACCCGGACUUAACCAAAGAGCACGCCCCCAUUCGCAGCUCCGUGGGAGGACAGGGCGCCGACGAGAAGGAGAGCAAGCUAAAGAACCGCCACUCCUUGGAGAUCUCCUCUGCCCUCAACAUGUUUAACAUUGCGCCGCACGGCCCGGACAUCUCCAAAAUGGGAAGCAUCAACAAAAACAAGGUGCUGUCUAUGCUGAAAGAACCGCCUCUGCCAGAGAAGUGCGAGGAGGGUAAGGGGGAGGCCAUGGGCUACGAGAUGACUUCGCACCCGGCCUUGAGGAACAAGUCCAUCUUGCCGUUGACGUUGCAACAUCUGGUGGCCUUCUGGGAGGACAUCUCCAUGGCCACCAUCAAAGCAGCCACUCAGAACAUGAUCUUCCCCAGCCCGGGGUCCAGCGCCAUCCUGAAAAGGAAGGAGCACGAGAAAGACGGCAAGAAGUCGAAGAAGGAGAAAAAGAAGCGGGAGAAGGCCGAAGUGCGUCCGAGAGGGAACCUGUUCGGAGAGAUGGCACAGCUCGCCAUGGGUGGACCGGAGAAAGACACCAUCUGUGAGCUGUGCGGUGAAUCCCACCCUUACCCCGUCACCUACCACAUGAGACAGGCGCACCCAGGCUGCGGUCGCUAUGCUGGAGGCCAGGGCUACAACAGCAUCGGCCACUUCUGUGGUGGUUGGGCUGGAAACUGCGGCGACGGAGGCAUAGGAGGCAGCACCUGGUACCUGGUGUGUGAUCGCUGUCGGGAGAAAUACCUGAGAGAAAAACAGACUGCGGCCCGGGAAAAGGUGAAGCAAUCCAGGAAGAAACCCCUCCAGGUGAAGACGCCGAGGGCGCUGCCCACCAUGGAGGCCCACCAGGUGAUCCGGGCCAACGCUCUGUUCCUGCUGUCCCUCAGCAGUGCUGCCGAGCCCAGCAUGCUGUGCCACCACCCCCCCCGGCCCAUGCACUCCCAGCUGCUGCCCAGCCUCAAGGAGGGCGUGUCGGACGAACUCCCCAAUAAAAUGGGCUGCCUCUACCUCCAGACGCUAGCUAGGCAACACACUGAGAACUUUGGGGCCUACCAAGACGAUAACCUCUUCCAAGAUGAGAUGAGGUAUUUGCGCUCAACAUCUGUUCCUGCACCUUACAUAUCAGUCACCCCCGAUGCCUGUCCCAAUGUGUUUGAGGAACCAGAGAGCAACAUGAAAUCAAUGCCACCCAGUCUGGAAACCAGUCCAAUCACAGACAGCGAUACGGCGAAACGAACCGUGUUUCAGAGGUCUUACUCCGUCGUAGCAUCAGAGUAUGACAAGCAACACUCGCCCAAUCCGGCCCGGGUAAAAGCCGUGCCCAGACGCAGGGUUCAUAGUGGCGAUGCAGAGGUGGGGUCUUCCCUGUUACGCCACCCGUCCCCUGAGCUGUCCCGGCUGAUCUCGGCCCACGGCUCCCUCAGUAAAGGGGAGAGGAACUUCCAGUGGCCUGUCCUGGCUUUCGUCAUCCAGCACCAUGACCUGGAGGGCCUGGAGGUGGCCAUGAGGCAUGCACUGAGGAAGUCUGCCUGCAGGGUGUUUGCCAUGGAGGCCUUCAACUGGCUGCUGUGCAAUGUGAUCCAGACUACCUCCCUGCACGACAUCCUUUGGCACUUUGUAGCUUCUCUCACCCCAUCGCCCUUUGAACCCGAGGACGAGGAAGACGACGAGAACAAGGGGAACAAAGAAAAUGUGGAACAGGAAAGAGACCUUGGCGUUUGUGAACACCCGCUGUCAGACAUUGUUAUUGCCGGAGAAGCCGCUCAUCCUCUCCCCCACACCUUUCACCGCCUCCUCCAAACCAUCUCUGACCUCAUGAUGUCACUUCCUAGUGGCAGCUCACUUCAGCAGAUGGCGCUUAGGUGCUGGAGUCUCAAGUUUAAGCAGUCAGACCACCAGUUCCUCCACCAGAGCAACGUCUUCCAUCACAUCAACAAUAUCUUGUCCAAGUCGGACGAUGGAGACAGCGAAGAAAGCUUCAACAUCAGCUUGCAGUCAGGCUACGAAGCAAUGAGCCAGGACCUCUGCCUGGUGACUUGUCUGAAGGAUCUGACCAGCGUAGUAGACAUCAAGACGUCCAGUCGUCCUGCCAUGAUUGGCAGUCUGACAGACGGCUCCACAGAGACCUUCUGGGAAUCCGGAGAUGAGGACAAGAACAAAACUAAGAGCAUCACCAUUAGCUGCGUGAAGGGCAUUAACGCCUCCAAUGUGACUGUUCAUGUGGACAACUCCAGGGACAUCGGGAACAAAGUCACAUCAGUGACAUUCUUAUGUGGAAAAGCAGUAGAGGAUCUGUGCAGAAUCAAACAGGUUGAACUGGACUCGCGUCACAUGGGCUGGGUGACAAGCGAGCUCCCUGGAGGGGACCACCAUGUGAUCAAGGUGGAGCUGAAGGGUCCGGAGAACACCCUGAGGGUGCGCCAGGUGAAGGUGCUGGGUUGGAAAGAGGGCGAAAGCAUCAAGAUUCUGGGGCAAAUCUCCGCCAGCAUGGCGCAGCAGAAGAACUGCGAGGCCGAGACUCUCCGAGUGUUUCGCCUCAUCACCUCACAGGUCUUUGGAAAGCUCAUUUGUGGAGACGCAGAGCCGACGCCAGAGCAGGAGGAGAAAAACCUCCUUUCAACACCCGAGGGAGAGGACAAGGUUCCAUCGGACGCUGACCUUAAAGAGCACAUGGUGGGCAUCAUCUUUAGCAGGAGCAAACUCACCAACCUCCAGAAACAGGUGUGCGCCCACAUCGUGCAGGCCAUCCGCAUGGAGGCCACGCGUGUGAGGGAGGAGUGGGAGCACGCCAUCUCCAGCAAAGAGAACGCCAACUCCCAACCCAGCGACGACGACGCCUCCUCGGACGCCUACUGCUUCGAGCUCCUGUCCAUGGUCCUGGCUCUGAGUGGCUCCAACGUGGGCCGCCAGUACCUAGCGCAGCAGCUCACCCUCAUGCAGGACCUGUUUUCACUGCUGCACACGGCCUCCCCGAGAGUUCAGAGACAGGUCACAUCGUUGCUUAGGCGCGUCCUUCCAGAGGUCACGCCAGUGAGACUCGCCAGCAUCAUCGGGGUGAAGGCCCUUCCUCCGGCGGACAUCAGUGACAUCAUCCACUCAACAGAGAAGGGAGACUGGAACAAGCUCUGCAUCCUCGACAUGUUCCUGGGCUGCAUCGCGAAAGCCCUCACAGUGCAGCUGAAGGCCAAAGGCACCACCAUCUCUGGCACGGCCGGCACGGCCGCGGGCAAAGGAGUCACCACCGUCACGCUGCCCAUGAUCUUCAACUCCAGCUACAUCCGCAGGGGGGAGAGCCACUGGUGGAUGAAAGGCUCUACACCUCCACAGAUAGCAGAGAUCAUCAUAAAGCUGGUCAAAGACAUGGCAGCGGGCCACCUUUCCGACGGUUGGUCCAGAGUCACCAAAAACGCAAUAGCGGAGACCAUCAUAGCCCUGACCAAAAUGGAGGAGGAGCACCGAUCUCCUGUACGCUGUAUCGCCACCACAAGGCUGUGGCUGGCCUUGGCUUCGCUGUGCGUGCUGGACCAGGACCAUGUGGACAGGCUGUCCUCCGGUCGCUGGAUGGGCAAAGACGGUCAGCAAAAACAGAUGCCUAUGUGUGACAAUCACGAUGACGGCGAGACGGCGGCCAUCAUCCUGUGUAACGUGUGCGGCAACCUUUGCACCGACUGCGACCGCUUCCUCCACCUGCACCGACGCACGCGCUCUCACCAGAGACAGGUGUUUAAGGAGGAAGAGGAGGCCAUAAAGGUGGAUCUCCAUGAAGGCUGUGGGAGGACCAAGCUCUUCUGGCUCAUGGCCCUGGCCGACUCUAAGACUAUGAAGGCUAUGGUUGAGUUUAGAGAGCACACAGGUAAACCAGCCUCCAGCAGCUCAGAUGCCUGCAGGUUCUGUGGGACGAGGAACGGCACCGAGUUGUCUGCAGUGGGCAGCGUCUGCUCAGACCCAGACUGCCAGGAGUACGCUAAACUGGCCUGCAGUAAAACUCAUCCCUGUGGACACCCCUGUGGAGGAGUGAAGAACGAGGAGGCCUGCCUCCCGUGUCUGCACGGCUGCGACAAGAACACCGGCUGUCUGAAGCAGGAUGCAGACGACAUGUGCAUGAUCUGCUUCACGGAGGCCCUCUCCGCUGCUCCUGCCGUACAGCUGGACUGCACGCACGUGUUCCACCUGCAGUGUACUCGUCGUGUUCUUGAGAAUCGCUGGCUCGGGCCCCGAAUCACAUUUGGGUUCAUGCUGUGUCCCAUCUGCAAGAACAAAAUCAAUCACUCAGUGAUCAAGGACCUGCUGGACCCCAUCAAGGAGCUCUACGAGGACGUGAGGAGAAAGGCUCUGAUGAGGCUGGAGUAUGAGGGUCUGCAUAAGAGUGAGGCCAUUACCACACCGGGAGCACGUUUCCACAACGACCCUGCAGGCUUUGCCAUGAACAGAUAUGCGUACUACGUCUGCUAUAAGUGCAAGAAGGCCUAUUUUGGGGGAGAGGCUCGCUGCGAUGCUGAGGCCGGUCAGGGAGACGACUACGACCCCAGUGAGCUCAUCUGUGGAGCGUGCUCAGAUGUGUCCAGGGCUCAGAUGUGCUCUAAGCACGGCACAGACUUCCUGGAGUAUAAAUGCCGGUACUGCUGCUCGGUGGCCGUUUUCUUCUGCUUUGGCACCACACACUUCUGCAACGCCUGCCACGAUGACUUCCAGAGGAUGACCAGCGUCCCCAAGGAGGAACUGCCCCAUUGUCCCGCAGGUCCCAAAGGCAAGCAGUUGGAGGGUACUGAGUGCCCCUUGCAUGUGGUCCACCCGCCAACGGGGGAGGAGUUUGCGCUGGGCUGUGGGGUUUGCAGGAAUGCCCACACCUUCUAAACAACGCGAGACUUCUACUGAAAACCAGUUUGUCUACUGUGAUUUCUGGCUGCUGCUGAGGCUCAGCCGUGAAGCUUGGCUCUCCCAUUGUCAAGUGUCCUGGACACUGGACCAGGUUUCUGUCCUACGAGGGUCCUCAGGUCCGCUCUACAACAUCAGUAUCCGGGCUCCGCUACAAACACUAGCUGUGGUUCCUUUGGACUUUGAGUGACCUGAAAGGGGCGGGCGGUGGGGGAAGAACAAUAGCAUUUAAAAAAAAGAAGAAGAAGAAGAAAAAAAAAAGAAUAUCUUGUGACGUGUUUGCAUGCGGCCGUUGUACUCCCUCGGCUUCUAUAGACGUUGCACACCUCCCGAUCACUGAAGUGUACCAAUACAACAUUAAACAUGGAAUAUGAAACAAUUUUGCUUAAAGGCAACUGUGGCUCAGCGUGGGUUUAAAAAAAAAAAAAGAAAGAAAAAGGAACCGGCCGUAUUUCCAGAUUCCUUACUAUAAAUUUAAAAUAUUGUUGUAUGUAAACUUUUUCGUAAUCUUGCACAGUAUUCUCCACUGUCGAGUGCAUCAUGGGUUGACAGACAAAAAAAAUAAAAGAAGUUGGAUAAGACUGUUAAGUAUAGUUAUGUUUGGGAGGAAAAUAGUGUACGAUUUAUCUAAUCUUGUAUAUAAUGAUACUAUUCAAAAUAGCUGUAUUCCGAAGUUGCUACUCUUCACUUCAGUUUUGUUUGAUAUUCUGGGUUAUGUUUUGAGCCAGAACUUUUAAUGAAGUGCAAUACUGGGUGUGCCUCCUAUUUUGCAGCUCUUUAACCUAUGGAAUGUAUGUCAAUAAAGCCACUGUACAUUUUUAUACAGUAGACAGUCGUAAUUCCCCCUCUGCUAAAUGUCGGAUCUCUUCGGUUGUGUGGAAAUGAGAGGAAGGAGCCGGGCGCCUGCAGUGAGUGAUGAUGGAUGGAAAUUUUAUUUGCAGCUCUGUCAAAAAGAAGAAAAAAAAGUACCAAAAUCCUACAGUAAUACAAAAAUAAACGAAAGACCUCACGGUGAGACUGAUUACAGCUGAAUGAUUUGAGGGGCCAGUCGUCACGCCAAAUAAAAUUGUGCCCCUGUGAUGCUUUGGCCUGGCAGGAGGCAGGCGGGGUCAAGGGUCAGAGGAACAGAGUGUGGGGGGGGGGGAAAGCUGCUGUUAUAUAAAAAAGCUUAAUACUUGUGAAUCUGCUCUGUAAUAUCUGUGGUGGAUGGAGUCGAAUGGUAAUAAACCAUGUUCUCUGUUUCGCAAAGUA